CCAUCCCUAAUCACACAAACACUUCAUCCCUCUCAAGAGCAGCUAGCUACAUACAGUUUACGGCUACAUAUAUAGAAGUCUCUUUCUUGGCGCCACUCAAGCUCAAUUUGUAAAUCAUGGCGUCCCAGGAUAUCAAGAGCCACCGUGCUGGUGCUGAGGUCAUCACCGGAGACGCCGCAUGUAGGAAGAAGUCUGUUGAGCUGCUGGAGGAGCUUGGCCUCCCCAAGGGCCUGUUUCCAAUGGAGGAUAUCAAAGAGUUCGGGUACAACCGCGAGACAGGGUUCAUGUGGCUGAUACAGGGGAAGAAGAAGGUGGAGCACACAUUCAAGAAGAUCAAGCAGACGGUGUCCUAUGCCACCGAAGUGACGGCGUUCGUCGAGAAAGGCAAGCUAAGGAAGAUUACUGGCGUGAAGACCAAGGAGCUGAUGCUCUGGCUCAGCGUCGUUGAGGUCUAUGUUCCUGAGGCCUCGCUGGACAAGGUCACCUUCAAGACCGGCACAGGUCUGUCUGACACCUUCGAUGCCCCUGCCUUUGCGCUCGGAGAGUAAUCUAGUUCAAGUUCAAAGCACUAUGUUUCUAGUGCUGCAUGGCCGUGUGUAUUUAUCUCUUGUUUGUAACUAAUCAUGUAUGAUGUAUCGUGUGUGUGAGUUUGUAUACUGUACCGCGUGGAGUAUUUCGCAAUUUUUUUUGAUUUCGUAUAAAAUUUAGUGAAUUCUUGUGUUCCCAUCAUAUA